AUGGCAUGGAUCUCGGCUACGCAGCGGACCCCCCUGUCCAGCCUCCUGUCGCAAAAGGCAGGGCAGAUCGAGAGCCUUCGCCGCCAACUCGAGGCGGAGGCUGCGGAGGAUGCGGAGGCGGAGGUGGACGAUGUCUGGCUUUUGCGCUACGUGCUGAGCUUCGAGUCCCGGCCCGCGGAAGCCGCCACUGCUGCUCGGAAAGCACUGCACUGGCGACAUGAUCACAGGGAGCUGAUACAAGCAGCGAAGAUGCGAAGAUUACCGCCCGGCCUGUCCAUGGAAGACGUACAAGCGCUUCAAUGCAUGUUGGUGUCGGGAUUCCACUUCACAACGACCUUUGGCGACCCAGUCUUUGUCAUACGGGCUGGUCAGUCGAACCAGAGUCUGUUGUUGGACAUGGUCGGCGAAGACAAGGUCGAGCUUUGGAUGACUUACCUCGGCGAGUGCGCCUGGCAGGUUUGCGAAGCUGCCACGCGACGCAACGGCUACUUCGUCAAGCAGUUCACAUUGCAAGACUUUGCUUCGGCAUCCAUGUCGCAAGAUCGAAGAUUCUUCAAAAUCUUGGGCAGAAACUCGAAGAUGAAUGAGUGGUUGAGACCACAAUUUAUGGGGAGGGCAAUUUUCUUCAACACGCCGACGUGGAUGAGCCUCGCAUUUGCUAUUGCAUCCAAAUUGGUGAGCCAAAAGUUUCUAUCAAAGAUUUGGGUACAUCGUCAAAACGUUGGACUGGAACAGCAAGGGGCAAACCUUUGCCCAUAUGCGCAGCAACUUCUCAGCGCCGACCGUCUACCCGCUUUUCUCGGCGGGACUUGUGCUUGUCAAGAGCACGGAGGCUGCGUGAACGGUAUGCUGAACAGCAACUUUGGAAAGCACUCCGUAGAUGAUGUUGCUAGCAGCCCUCGCAUAAUCUUGCCGCUGCUGCGUUUGCCGCGCUGUGAGGAAAUUGAAAAGUCACCACACAGAAAACCGCCGGCUCCGACUCCACAAGAGGGUGGCGUCGGCGACGAAGUUGUCACGGUUUCUUGCUGGAGGCGCUGCUGCUUAAGGCGACGACCCAUGGCAGCCAGUGCAGAUCGUGCGGGCGUGUAG